GUUGGUGUAUUCCUCGACAGGAGACUCGCAGAAAGAUGAACUGGGGCUUUUUGGAGAACGUCCUCAGCGGUGUGAACAAGUACUCUACAGUGAUCGGGCGCAUCUGGCUUUCCGUGGUCUUUCUCUUCAGGAUCUUGGUGUACGUGGCAGCGGCCGAGCAGGUGUGGAAGGACGAGCAGAAGGAUUUUGUGUGCAACACCCAGCAGCCUGGCUGUGAAAAUGCUUGUUUCGACCACUUCUUCCCCAUCUCGCAGGUGCGCCUCUGGGCUCUGCAGCUCAUCAUGGUAUCCACCCCGUCACUGCUGGUGGCCCUGCACGUGGCCUACAGGGAGCACCGGGAGGCCAAACACAAGCGGAAACUGUACAAGGACAAAGGGAGCAUUGAUGGAGGUCUGUUCUGCACCUACAUAAUCAGCCUGGUCUUCAAGAUAAGCUUUGAGGUAGGCUCCCUGCUUGCUUUCUACUUCCUGUACAACGGCUUUGAGGUGCCCAUGCUGCUCCGCUGUAGCCAGAGUCCCUGUCCCAACACGGAGGACUGUUACAUUGCAAGAGCCACGGAGAAGAAGAUCUUCCUCUACAUCAUGGCCUGCACAUCCAUACUGUGCAUCACUCUGAAUUUUGUAGAGCUCAUGUACAUUGUAUGGAAGCACUUGUGGAAAUGUUUCACCAGGCGGUACGUCCCUAUAGGGGAGAAGGCUGUCAGCCACCGCCAGUCACAUGUUUCCAUCGUCAGUAAGCGUGUCUCCGUUGAGCCCACAGUAAACACAGAGGACAGCACCACACAGCCUGCAUCCACAGCUGAAAACCAGCCGGUCUAG